AUGGAGAUGUCCGGACAAAACCUCUUCGACGCGCUUGACACUGCGCUGGUGCCCAAGGCGGCGAAGGCCGCGCUGUUGGGCCUAUUGCUGCAGCUCAUCAGCCCCGACGUGGAACUAACUGGCCUGAUGUCCCGCAUCAUGUGGCGCUUUACCAAGGCGCACCAAGCUUCCACCCGCAAGGCCCUCAGCUUGGGGUACCUCUUGGGACCGGAGAGACUGAAGGAAGACUUCCUUGGACAGGUGACGAAAUUGUUGCGUGCACUCCUACUCGUCUGUAGACCUAGCGCCCGUUUAUUUGUUAACGCGACGCAGGCUGGUAGCAUGUGCCUGCAACCCGAACAGGUCAUCGUAUUCCAGGACUAGAGCCCACAUUAUAUGCCUCCGGUAGCGCGGGCGAGCGGUAGCAAGUUGAAGGACUUCCCAUUUUUUUUGUGGGCUCUGGUUUCGUCUUUCCCCUCGUCCUCUUGAUGACAACCUUGUUUUGUCUUCCCCCUCAUCCUCUUGAUGACCCUCAAUUGCACAUCAGGUUGUCACUCCCGCAUUGCUGCACGCAGCUAACGACAUCGCGGCCCUUCCGGUCAACGAGAUCGGCACCCANCCCUCGUCCUCUUGAUGACACCCUUCUUUUGUCUUCCCCCUCAUCCUCUGUCAUCAAUUGCACAUCAGGUUGUCACUCCCGCAUUGCUGCACGCAGCUAACGACAUCGCGGCCCUUCCGGUCAACGAGAUCGGCACCCACGAGACAAUUGUCUGCAAGGUCACUCGGAAGUCGAGAGCCUGGAUCAAGCUAUCUGCCGGCGGCUUUGGUUCCGCCAACGCCCGGGCCUUCCGAGAGAGGUGCCCAUGGAGAGUGCGUUUCGAAUAGCAUCGGUGCAUCCAUCUUGUCAUGAAACCUCCACCAUUUGCGGGAGGUGUUGGCGUGGGCCGGCUGUGAGCUACGAAUCCGUGUUUCAUAAACCUUACCACUGGUACACGUUAAAACCUACCGAUACCCAAGGCAACAGCUACUGCUGCUGCUAUUCUGCAAGAGUAAUAACAAGUGAGUUCUUCUCCACGGGUCAACCAGACUUCAUCACGCGUGUAUACCACCACAAUUGGAUGGAUAAUUACAUUAGUGUGAUGGGAGUGGUGCACGUGGGUAGCUGUCGUCGCUGCAUCGAGAUUGGUAUGGCUCGAGCCUCGCGUCUUGAUAUUUCCGUAUCUCAUGCAUGGUCCAUCGAAGGAAAAGUCUUCGGGGCAGUUUUUCCCGAUGUUGUAGUUUCUCACACAGUACCUCAAUUUUUUUUGGUUUUCAGUUUAUUCCAUCUCAAGAGAAUAUUCAUCGUGGCAGUGUUUAUUGGGUUUGAGUUACUCAGAGUCCUUCGAUUUUUUUUGUUUUAAUUUAUUCCAUCAAGAGAAAAUUCAUCGCGGUGGUAAGUUAGUUAGAAGUCCUUCAACUUUCUUUUUAUAAUUUAUUCCAUCGAGAGAAAAUUCAUCGUGGCAGUUUUUCUUGGGUGGUAAGUUACUCAAAGAGUCCU